AAGCGAGGAAGGAAGGCAGAGGGUGUUACUGCUUCAGCUCACCUGCAACGGAGAGACAGGCACCAUUGUGCUGCCUCUGUGGAGAACUCCUGACACAGUCACUGCAGGGAUUUCCACUGGAAAAGCAGUGACUGAGGCGACAAAAUGAACUUCAGCUUCGACAGCAAGGCAGGAGUCACUCUCCCUGGGAACAUUGGGGCUUUGUCAGAAGAACUUACCCUCACCAAUACAAAUGAUGGAGGCAUCAUUAUUGAGGAUAUCCAACAAGACUCUCCAAUUGCCAGAGCUGGUACUUUGAAAAAAGGUGAUCAACUGAAUGCAGUAACAAUACAUUUUGACAAUCUAACCAGUGAAGAAGUUAGUAAAAUACUGAAAUAUUCAGAACAAUACAAAACAAGCUUAAAACUAAAUGCAAAAGAAGAACUCAGGAGUCCAGAUUUCAGACUCUCCAGUCCUGACAUGGGAUCUGGUGAUCAGGUGUACUUAAAGCUGUACAACAGCAAGAUUAAGCCACAUCUUAAGCUAGCAAAACCAAACCUGAAUGCUGGAAGCUUAAAUGGAGAGGUCAAUGUAAAAAAUAAAACAUCUUCUUUUGGAGUAAAAGAGCCCAGGAUAUAUUCUCCUGAUAUUGACAUGAAGCUAAAGGCAACAAAAGAUAAUGGCCUCAAACUGCCAACAUCAAAUAUAGAUCUUGAAGCUCCAAAUAUCCAAGCUGAAGUCAAAAGUCCAACUCUUGAUGUAGAUAGCCCAAGAUUUAAGGGCACAAAGCUUGAAGGGAAGAUAAAGUCCCCAGAGUAUCAAACACCAUCGUUUUCAAUUUCAAGAGGCAAAUCUAAAUUGCCAGAAAUGGAUGUGUCUGUACCAGAUAUAAACACUUCUGAUAUUGACAUUGGUGGUGUAAAUAUUCCUGAAACCAAAGCAAAUUUGAAAAUGCCAGAAGUACAAAUGCCAUCCUUUGGUCUAUCAGGACCAAAAACACCAGAUGUGGAUGUUGACGGUUCAGUGAAAGCUCCUGGCUUUGAUGCGUCUGUUCCAAAUGUUAAAGGAAAUUUUGCUGCACCGAAUGCUGACAUAAAACUUCCAAAAGCAGAUGUAAACAUCCCAGAUGCAGACCUUAAUAAACGAAAAUUCACAAUGCCAAAAUUUAACAUGCCAAGUGCAAAUUUGUCAGCUCCUGACAUGAACUUGAACAUGAAAACACCAACUGUUACAAGCAAUUUAGAUGCUAAAUUGAAGGCUCCAAACAUCAAGAAGCCAAAUUUAGACACUUCCAGACUUCAAGGUCCUAAUGUGAAUUUAGACGGCAACAUAAAACUGCCAAAGACUGACAUAUCAGCUCCAGAGAUUAAGGGUGGUUUAGACUUCAAAACACCGACGAUGGGCAAAGAUUAUGAUAUGCCUGACAUGAACCUUGAAGUACCUGACGUAAAAUUGAAAAAUGCAGGGGUAAAGGCUCCUUCACGCAACCUCUCAGGAAAAAAUAUUUCUCCUCCAGACAUGGAUGUCAAACUACCAACGGCAAAUCUAGAUAUUUCUGCUCCAAAAAUUCAAGCUGAUGACAAAACUCCAAACUUGGAUAUAAAUGCUCCAAAGGUUGAUGGCCCUGGUGUGCAAAGAAAAUUUAAGUUCCCAAAAUUUAAAAAGCCCAUAUUUUCAAUCUCUGGAAACAAACCAAAAAUGCCUGAACUAGACGCAACUGUACCAGAUUUGAAGGCAGGUAUAAAAGGUCCAGAUGUUGAUCUAGGGGGAUUAAACGGGAGUGUUGAUGUUCCUGAUGCAAAAUGGAAAAUGCCAAACAUGAAAAUGCCAUCCGUUGGAGUAUCAGGACGAAAAGGACCUGAUGUGGAUAUUGAUGGCUCGAUAAAAGCGCCAGGUGUUGAGAUGUCUGGUCCAAAUGUUAAGGGAAAUUUUCAGGCUCCAGAUGUUGACAUCAAUCUAUGGCAAAGUCAAGCUGACAAAAGCUCCAGAGAUUAA